UAAAGAAGACGAAUUGCACAUUACUCAACCAUCCAUUGAUAACAGAGAUACUGUGAAGCAUGGUGGGCAAAUAUUUAUCUUGGAGGAAAGGGAAGCAAUUGCAAGGGGUUUUGAAGGUCCAGAGGAUCCAACCACUGCCUCUAUAUGUAGUGGAGUUUCACUGCAUAAAGAGAGAGAAGCAAAUGCAGCAAGUCUUGAUCAAUGUGAGGAAACAGGUGGCACAUCAGGGAUAAUGCACAAGAGCACCGGUUUGCCUGCUGGAAUGGCUACAAGUUCAGAGAAUGUUAGUAAAGAUGAAACAACAAUUAAUAAAACAUUUCCUGAUAGCAUUACAAAAGGAAGUACAUUUCAAGAUGAAGCUAAUAAUAACAAGCAUAAGAAUAAAAAGUUUCGUAUCAUUCGUCGAAAAAUAUUUCUCGUUUGGCUAAUUUUCGUGACUCUACUGAUGAUUGUGCUACUUGCAAUACCACAUUCAGUGGCUGAUUUCAAUCUUGGCUGCAUUCCAUUGGCUGCUAGCAUUUUUACAAUGCUGAUGGACACUAUUCUCAAUCGCAAGUAUGCAUAUGAUGUCAUGGUCAAGAUCGAUUGGACUGUCAUUCUAAUGUUCAUGGGUCUCUUUGUCUGGCUCAGAGGCUUUCAAAACACCUGCUUUCCCUACAUUGUUUUCAAGCACCUAGCCCCAUACAUGAACCUGCAUACAAUUGAAGGAGUGCUACUAUUCUCUGUCUUUGUCAUCAUUGGUUCAAAUAUAUUCAGCAAUGUUCCACUGGUCAUACUCAUUGUUAAUCGUAUCUCUGGUCUCUGUGGUGAUGCACCUUGUGAAGGACCGUUAGGCGGGCUAUUGCUGGCAUGGAUCUCAACGAUUGCUGGUAAUUUCACUCUCAUUGGAAGCGUUGCUAAUCUAAUUGUUGCAGAGAAGGCUCGUAGUUCAGCUAACUUCCGUGUCACAUUUUUGGGCUACCUUGUUUUUGGGUUUCCAUCUACACUGCUCAUUAUCUAC